AUGAUCACUUACAUCGGAAUCAUUUACCUCCACCACCCCCGCUCCAGCAUGCGCUUCGCCUCUUUUACCAGCCGCACCUCGUGUACCCGCCUCAAAGCCGCCCGGGACGCCUCGCAUCACAGCUCCGCCGACCUCGAUCUCCACUCGCAGAAGUUCCUCCGCGCCGCAGACCUGCUCUCGAACCUUGCCACCCUGCCGAAUCCCAUUCAAAGCCGCACACCGUUUUUCACGUGCGCGCUGGCCAUCUGCAUUGUGGUGCACACCGCCGCGUGCAUGGUGACUCCGUCCGCGGGCAAGAUCGAGUCCCUCAAGGCGAGGAUACAGCUGGGCGUGGGCGGGCUGAAUGUACUAGGGAAGGUCUGGCCGUUGGCGAAGACGGUGAGGGGGCAGAUGCUCGAUAUGUAUCAGGAGGUGGGAUUGCGGUGA